CGCCUGCCGAUGGCCUCCCACCGCAUCGGUGCGCGCGUCGCGGGCCUCUCGCCAGAGCAGCUGUGCGCCAUCAUCGAGGCGCAGGCGGGCGCGAGCGACGCCGCGCUGCGCGUGGCGGAGGAGCACGCCGCCCGGCUCGUGGAGCAGCCCGAGUGGGUCCUCUCCGAGGUCCUCCUCUCGCCGGACCUCGCCCCGCACAUCCUCGCCCAGCUGCCGACCAAGGCGCACGCCGUCAACGGGACGUGCCGCGCGUGGCGCCGCGGCUGGAAGGAGACGCUGAAGAAGCGCGAGAGGCCGCGCAUGCUCGUGAUCGGCGGCCGCAACAACGAGAUCCUCAACUCGCUGGAGCGGUACGACGCGUCAACGAAUGAGUGGGAGGGGGAGGCGGUUGCGCCGAUGCUGACGGCACACACGAUAGCCUGCAUGGCGGUGCUCGAUAGCAAGCUCUACGCGGUUGGCGGUUUCGGGCCCGACGGCGCACCUUCCAACCUGGUGGAGCGGUACGACUUGGCUACGAAUGCAUGGGAGGUUGUGGCGCCGAUGGCGACGCCACGCGAGAAUCACGCCAUGGCGGUGCUCGACGGCAAGCUGUACGCUGUGGGCGGCUUCAACAACGACGGCGCCCUCAGCUCGGUGGAGCGGUACGACCCGGCAGCGAACGCGUGGGAGGCGGUGGCGCAGAUGGCGACGGCUCGGUGUAAUUUCGCCGUGGCGGUGCUCGACGGCAAGCUGUACGCUGUGGGCGGCUACAGCGGUGACUUCCUCAGCUCGGUCGUGCGGUACGACCCGGCACUGGAUGCAUGGGAGGCUGUGGCGCCGAUGGCGGUGCGGCGGAUAGCCUUCGGCGUGGCGGUGCUCGACGGCAAGUUGUAUGCCGUUGGCGGGGAGAACGUCGACGACAACUCUCUCAGCUCGGCGGAGCGGUACGAUCCGGCGCUGGAUGCGUGGGAGACGGUGGCGCCGAUGGCAGAGGCGCGGCAAUAUCACGCCGUGGCGGUGCUCGAUGGCAAACUGUACGCUGUGGGCGGACAGGGUGCCGGCUACAACACACUUAGCUCGGUCGAGCAGUACGACCCGGCUCUGGAUGCGUGGGAGGCGGUGGUGCCGAUGGCGACGGCGCGGGCCUUUCCUCUCGCUUUGGUGUAGCACGUGGGAACUGCGCGGAGCGCGUAUGCAGUUGUGCGUGGGCAAAACGCAAGGAUGGGACUGGACACCAGCGCGGUAUCUACUGGGCUGGGUUUUUGCAUUGUGGGGUUGGCACUCCCAUCGACCCUCAUGACCUCCUGCGGUCUCUGAGAUGGACACCAGUUGGUGUGGGACCACAGCCAGGAUACACUCGAAGGCUGGGUAAGCAGUAGAGGUCGAUACUCGACGCGUCCCACAUGGUAUGUGUCGCUGUCGACAGGACGUCGAGCGACACCGGUGGCAGUGCCACCCAGGAGUGGUCGGGCGGUCUCCCGUCAUGAGAGAGCCACCAUGUGAUCCGUAUGAUGAUUCCUGACAACCGCCUCAGUCAACUUUCGU